CCUCCAUCUCUCUCUCUCUCUUUUUCUUUUUUUUUUUUUGUAUUUUAGAUUUUGGAAUUAGUUUGUUUCUUCAUACUGUUGCUUUUAAUUUCCUUCGAUUAUAUAUUGUAUAGGAAACAACUUAGAAAUUAGCUAGCAAAGCUACAUACACCCAGACACAAAUAUCAUGAACAAUCUACAAGAUUGGCCUGAACCAAUAGUCCGAGUCCAAUCCCUGUCGGAGAGUGGCCUCCACACCAUUCCCGACAGGUAUAUCAAGCCACCACCUGACAGGCCAUCGUUAACCAUCUUCGACAAAGCUGUUGUAGAUGCUAACAUCCCCAUCAUCGAUCUCACUGGUUUAUUCGGGGAGGACGAGCUUCUUCAUGCCAGAAUCCAGGAUGAAAUUUCCAGCGCAGCUCACCAGUGGGGGUUUUUCCAAGUCUUGAACCAUGGAGUUAGGCCUGAACUUAUGGACCGCGCCCAGGAAGCCUGGCGGGACUUCUUCCAUUUGCCUAUGGAGAUGAAGCAGGCAUACGCAAACUCCCCGAAUACCUACGAAGGGUAUGGCAGCCGAUUAGGAGUGCAAAAGGGUGCCAUUCUUGAUUGGAGCGAUUACUAUUUCCUUCACUAUCUUCCAUUGUCCCUCAAGGACUACAAUAAAUGGCCUGCCUCUCCAACUGAUCUUAGGGAAGUGAUUGAUGAAUAUGGCAAGGAGGUAGUGAAGCUAUGUGGGAGGCUAAUGAAGGUUUUGUCCACGAAACUAGGAAUGAGAGAGGACCAUCUGCAAAAUGCAUUUGGUGGGAAUGACAUUGGGGCCUGCCUAAGGGUAAAUUUUUAUCCAAAGUGCCCGCAACCUGACUUGACCCUAGGUCUAUCGUCGCACUCGGACCCGGGUGGCCUGACCAUGCUCUUACCGGACCACCAAGUGGCCGGUCUUCAGGUUCGUAAAGACGGCAAGUGGAUCACCGUGAAGCCAGCCCGCCACGCCUUUAUCGUCAACAUCGGUGAUCAAAUUCAGGUACUGAGUAAUGCAAACUACAAGAGCGUGGAGCACAGAGUGAUUGUGAAUUCAGCACAUGAAAGGGUGUCCCUUGCAUUCUUCUAUAAUCCAAAGAGUGAUAUUCCAAUUGAGCCAAUUAAAGAUCUAGUUGCGCCGGAUAAGCCGGCAUUAUAUCCUCCGAUGACCUUUGACGAAUACCGGCUUUUCAUCAGAACAAGGGGUCCCCAAGGCAAAUCUCAAGUGGAAUCUCUCAAAUCUCCUAGAUGUUGCAGUUCAUGAGAAGCAUUUAUGUGUAGCCUGUAAUUAAAUCCAUUGUAAACACAAUCCCUGUUUUUCCAUUUUUAAAUAUGGGGUUGUUGAUUUGAUUGUAAUUAUCAAGAGUGAGGCAUAGAAAAAGAAAGGGUAUUUUAAGCU